AUGGAGACUUUCAUUGCUCAUCAAACCAAGAAAAAUUUGGAUAUCGACAAACGCUUAAGUGAGGUAAAUUCUUCAGUCCAACAACUCCAACCCCACAACAAGAUCAUGGAGACUCAAUUGGGUAAAAUUGCACAACAUGUUGGAAGUUCUUCUACAAGUUCCUAUACUCAACUUCCGAGCCAUACUGUUUUGAACCCAAAAGAGCACAUAAAAGCCAUCACCUUGAGCUUGGGAAAAGGUUAUGAAGGUCCGGUCAUGAGAAAAGAGGUAGACAAAAAGAGAGAUGAGGGGUGUGAAGAAGAGGAGAAAGUUGUGAGUGAAAGAGUGCAAAUUGAGCAAAGUGAGCAAACACAAUGUGAGAAGAGUGACUCAAAGAGUGAAGAGGUUGUGACUAAGGAGAGUGAAAAAGCUCCCAUGAAGCCCUACAAGCCACACAUCCCUUUUCCUCAUUGGGUGGUUGAGAAGAAUUUGAAUGAGAAAUAUUCCAAGUUUCUUGAUGUCAUGAAAGGGCUACAAGUGAACAUUCCUUUCCUUCAUGCCAUGACACAAAUGCCAACUUAUGCAAAGUUUUUUAAAGAACUUCUUACCAACAAGGCAAAGCUUGAAGAAGCAAUUGUUUCUCUUCCUAUGAAAGUGAGUUCUAUCAUUCAAAACAAGCUUCUAAAAAAGCAUAGUGAUCCAGGUAGCUUCUCAAUACCGAUGAAGAUUGGUGAUCUAGAGCCAAAGAAUUCCCUUUGUGAUAUUGGGGCAAGUGUUAGCCUUAUGCCUCUCUCCAUGGCUCAAAGGCUAAAUGUUGGGGGAAUGAAACCUACACGGAUGUCACUUCAACUAGCCGACCGUUCGGUUAGAACACCCUUGGGAGUUUUGGAAGAUGUCCCGGUCUAA